GUGAGUGUUGUGUGAAAUGACGUGAAUUGCAAACAAACACUCAUUUGAAUCGCGAUUUACUCAUUCAUUGGUGUCUUAAUUGGGAUCAAGUGUGAAGACAAUCGAGUGAUUGGUAUGGAGUUCGCAGAACUCAUCAAAACCCCGAAAUUGGAUGCAAUCCGAGUGGCGUAUCCCAUCGACCAGUCCAUGGAGGCCACCCUUUGCAUCACUAGUCACCACCUGAUUGUCUCCUCCAGAAGUGACACAACUCAAGAGUUAUGGCUGUUGCACUCAAUGGUGGACAUCGUUGAGCGCAAGCCUAACGUGAACUCCAGCGGCGGAACAGUUGUGCUGAAGUGCAAAGACUUUCGGAUCAUUGAGUUGGAGAUCAACGGAUGGAUGGAAUUCAAUAACGUCUGCAAUUCGAUGGAGUGGUUGUCCAACUUAGACGACCCCCGCCUCCUGUACCCCCACUUCUACCGAGCGAUGUAUGAUUUGGUCGAAAACGGAUGGAAUGCCUUCCGAAUUGAGACCGAGUUCUCCAAUCUUCUCAUGUUUUCCGACGACUGGCGGAUCAGUUAUGUCAACAAAGACUUCGCUGUGUGUCCCUCAUAUCCGGAAGCAGUGAUAGUUCCCAAACCUAUUGACGACGACUGUCUCGCAUCCAUCGCCUCCUUCCGAUGUUUGGGUCGGUUCCCAGUUCUCAGUUAUUUCCACAGAACUGCUAAAACGGUUUUGUUAAGAAGUGGUCAGCCGAUGGUCGGAACCAAUUCCAAGAGAUGCAAAGACGACGAGAAAUUAAUUAAUACAGUAUUAGGUUCUGGAAAGAGGGGUUAUAUCAUAGAAACGCGAACUCAAAACUUGGCACAACUCGCGCGCACUAAAGGCGGAGGUUUUGAGCCCGAAGUCCAUUACCCACUCUGGCGUCGCGUCCAUAAGCCUAUAGACAGACAUUCAACUCUUUUAGACUCUUUAAGCAAAUUAAUUGAAGCCUGUAAUGACACGAAGACUUCGAUGGAUAAAUGGUUAUCAAGAUUAGAGUCUUGUGGUUGGCUGACACACAUCAAGGAUGUACUCAGUAGUGCCUGUCUUGUGGCCCAAUGCAUGGAUCAAGAAUUGGCCUCAGUCUUAGUGCACGGAUCAGAAGGAAUGGAUUCCACUCUUCAAGUCUGUUCCUUAACUCAAGUCAUUCUCAAUCCCGACUGCCGUACAGUUCAUGGGUUUGAGGCACUGAUAGAGCGCGAGUGGUUACAAGCGGGCCAUCCAUUCGCCACUCGCUGUAAGCACAGCGCGUAUACCAUUCCCAGCGCCAGAACCAGAGAACAGUCGCCAAUAUUUCUAGUAUUCCUGGACUGUGUCUAUCAAAUCUUCAAUCAAUUCAAGUGUUCGUUUGAAUUCAAUGAGAAGUUUUUGAUAUAUAUCUUUGAACAGACAUAUGGCUCACAAUUCGGCACUUUUUUGGGUAAUUGUGUUAAAGACCGGAAAGACAUGAAUUUUGCGAAGAAAACGGCAUCAGUUCUAGCGGUGACUCUUAAAGCGAGUCAACACAACGACUGGUGCACUCAUGAGUCAUAUUUAUUGCUCUGGAGUUUGUAUAAGACGUCCAAAAGUGAUGAGCCAUCGAUCAUCGUUGAAACAGAUAGUUGUGGAUCUGUUAUCUCCAGUCAUCCGACACAACCUUCCAUCUACUGUUUGGGUGCACUCAACGGAAAGAUAUCACUUUUGGACACAAGAAAUACAGAGAAUGAGAUGAUUUUUGCAUCAGUGAUGGCUCAUCAAAGCCGUGUCUCUCAUAUUGAUUGGUUUGAAGCAAAUAAAAGAUCAGAUUUGGGACAACUAGUGAGCAGUGGUUUAGACGGAAAGGUAUUUAUUUGGAGAAUACACGACAAGUCUAUAAGUUUGGAAAAUGCAUUCGUCAUAUUGGCUCAAGACAUGCCACGAACUAUUCCUAUAAAAGGGGACAAGAAUGAAGUGGAAGUCGGAAUAGUAUCCAUGUCCUUUAAUUGUGAAGACCCCAACAUAUUCAUCAUCGGAACCAUUGGUGGCGCUAUAUUCCAGUGCUCUUUACUGAGCGCUAAACGAGUGCUAAAUAAAUCCAAUCCAACGAUUGUUACCAAACAAAAGAGCGUUGAAUAUAAGAACCCAAUAGCGAUGUCUUACGCGAGUCAUCGCUCCCAUAUAAAUGUGGUUCAGUUCUCUCCCGUCUCACGGAAUAUAUUCUUUUCGUGCGGUUCUGACAGUGAACUCAGAAUCUAUAAUAUUCUUCAGACGGUUCCACUUGUGGUCAUUCAUACGGAUGUGCCGCUAGUAAGUGGUCAGUGGUCUCCUCUGUCACCAAAUAUCGCGACAGUUGGUGCCGACGGAAAGGUUUAUGUGUUUACUAUAAAUGAUACAAAUGUUUCAAACGCUUCGUUCAGCUUUUCGAUGGCAGAGAAUAUUUCGGCCAAAUCUUUGGUUUAUGACACCUUUGAGAGUAACGAACGAAUAGCUGUCAUCACAUCUAAUAAUGAAAUACAGUUUUGGGAUUUGUCUCUCACUUCCCAGAAGAACGACAGGAAACACAUUAACGACAUUCUCAGGGGAAUGACAUCCGACGAGUCAGAGAACCCAUAG